ACCCUCAAAUGAACUCCAAAAUUUAUAUGAUAGGUUCCAAAAUAAUAUUUUAAAACAAUGGUCCCGAAUUGCUUGUGUAUAUUGCGGAACCCUUCUAUAUCCUGAAAAAGCAUCAUGGAUAAUUUACAAUCCAUCAAUUACUUACUCUCUACAGCAACGCAAACCCGGUGUUUCCUUAUCCUUUAACCCCAAUGUUAAUCUAAUUACAGAUCUUAGAAUACCUACCUGUAAUUCUUGUAAAAAACCCGAAACAAGGUUUUCAUUCCCUUAUCUUUCUCCAAUGGCAGUAGAAAUUACUUCUGUUCCCUUACAUAUAAGAAAAUGCUUGUCACCAGUAUACCUCCAUUGCUCUUUAGGUAGAAUGCCAAAUAGCAAUCCCUAUUCUGAAUAUAGAUCUUUAACUGGAACCAUGGGCUAUUCACGCAACUCCAGAGCUCUUGCAUUAUAUUCUGAAACUUUAGGUGCUUUUUUAGAGCCAGAAAACAAUAAUAAUUCAAUUAAUAACUCGAACUAUAAUCAAGCCUUGCAACGCGCUGCUAACUGGUUAUCUGAAAAUAAUCUCCAAACUAAUAACGAAAUACCUCCCAUCAACUCUCAUGAAAUAAUAGUACCUAACUAUGAUUUUCUAGACGAAAUCCAUAACAAAGAUUUUCACUAUACCAGAUUAAUGGCAGGCUUUGUCCAAGAAAGUGACACCUUACGAUUACCAAUUGCUACCCAUGACCCAAACCUAGAACCCUUACUUUUUCCCAACCUAUUUACUGAUGGAAAAGGUCAUUUUCAUGAUAUCUCAAACCAAUCUACAUUAGAAAACGAAACUCGUGAUGAAACUUAUGGCAAAUAUAUUAAAUUACGCUUAACGAAUAUUGAUUCAAGAUGGAGACUUCAUAACCACUGGCCCUCUUGGUCUUACCUUCAAUUGGAAAAACUAAGACACCAUCAAAACACACAACGAAUACUCCGAAGUAUCAACCCAAACCUCACUAACAAUGAACGCCUCCCAUCAGGCAGAGAUCUACUUAAUCCCAGUGCUUACACUCCAUAUAACAUAAUUAAUGAAAAUAUAACCAUUCCUAUUCCAUCAUUUAUACGCACAGGAGAUACUUAUUUCUACCAAAAACAACUUCACUUAAACGCAAUGAUAUGA